AUGGCACCCGAAAGCCUCGUUCAGACCAGUAACGCAGACCUCUUUCCUAGAGGAGGAUGGGACACUCACCACCAUAUAUUUGAUCCCCAGUUGUUUCCUUACAGCCCCACGCGACACCUCACACCUCCUGCAGCGACCAUCGAGGCUUUCGAGAACUUCCGGAAGAGCUUGGGUAUUACAAACUCAGUUCUUACUCACGGGUUAUCCUAUGGCGAUGACUGCACGUCUCUCAAAGCCUUCGUUGCCCAAUUGGGACGACAGUCGACUUCGGGAGUAGGAGUCAUCGAUCCCUUCACAACUACUGACGAUGAAAUCCGAGAUAUGCAAAAGGCUGGGAUCCGGGGCCUUCGUGUCAAUCUCUAUCCUCACGGGGCCAUGGAAGAUGUAGAGCUUCAAAAGAAGACCUUACGUGCAUACCUUGAAAGAGUUGUGAAGCUUUCCCUCUCCUGGAGUCUGACGAUGACGACGAUUCGGACUGAAUUCUGGAAUGAACUAGAGCCAUUUGUUCGAGCGGAAGUUGCACCGACAGGUAGAGCGCUCAUCACUGAUCAUUUUGGUCUUCUCAAGGCGCCGAGCUUGCUUUCAUCAGAGUGUCGCAACGAUCCUACGAAACAACCUGGUUUCGCGGCCAUCAUGAGACUUGUCUCGGAUGGGCUUCUCUUCGUCAAACUGAGUGCACCAUACCGCGUGAGCGAGCAGAGUCCACACUAUGAAGAUCUUGAGUUCCUCGUACGAGCGUUUGUGGAUGCCAACAAAUACCAGAUUCUUUGGGGAAGUGAUUGGCCGCAUACGCCGAGGAUGAAGGUGCGCAGUCACGAAGAAGCGAUGAAGGAAACUCCGUUCUUGAAAGUGGAUGAUGACACGUGGCUCCGGAGCUUGAGAAGCUGGCUAUCAUAUGAGGAGUGGGACUUGUUGAUGGUACAGAAUCCGAAGAGACUCUUUGCAUCAUAG